AUGUCUCCCAAGGACAAGAUCACUCCCACAACGAGCGACGAAAUGAACCUCACUAAAUUCAAAGUCGGCGAUGCUCACCUGUCACAGGGCGUUUCUCGCAUGGAAGCUGUGCACCGCGAGGCCAAGAAGAACCGCAAGUUGCUCUGGCUCGUCGCGAUCUCUGUGCUGCAACACAGCUCCAUCCUAUCGACCCUAUCUAUCGCCACGAGCAUCAUCAGCGCCGUCAGCAAGCCUUUCAUCGCCACAAUCCCCAAUAUUGCCUCCCGUCCAUACACCUACAUCUUGACCUUUUGGUUCUACGUGAUCGGCUACGUGAUCGCUGCGUCCUCCAAGACCAUCUCCACUUAUAUUGUGGGUGAGAUAUUUGUUGCUAUCGGAAGUUCUGGCCCCAACCUGACGUACGACAUUAUUGUCGCCGACCUAACGCCUUUGGAGUGGCGUGGAUUCGCCGGUUCUACGUUGUCUACCCGGGUCAUCAUCAACACUUAG